AUGUUACACCUCCCAUCAAUGCUUACUUAUGGUUUUUUAUCUUUUUCUAUGGCUUUUCUUAAUAAAGCUCUUUUUGAAAUAAGCGAUUUUCAAAAUAGUUUAUUUGUUGUUUUUGUUCAACUUCUAUUUGUAAUUUUAUCAUUCCAAAUACUUGGCUAUAUUCGUCUGAUGCCAGUACCAGUAAUGACACACAAUGAUUUUUAUACAUUUCUUGUUCCGUCCAUUUUCUAUAGUUUAAGUACCAUAUUAUCUUUACAAGCACUUAUGAAACUUAAUGUUUCUAUUUAUAUUGUGAUUAAGCGUUGCACACCAGCAUUUACAUUUCUCUUACAAUCUAUUGUAUUAAAAAAGAAAAAACUUGAUUUUAAAACUGGAUUGUGUGUAUUAGCUAUAACAUCUGGUGCUGUAAUAACAUCAAUUAGUGAUUUAACUUUUCAUAUGGAAUCUUAUAUAAUUGGAAGUCUUAGUGUUAUAUUCCAAUCAUUCUAUCUUUUAACAGUACAACGAUGUGGUGAACAAAAAACAUCAUCUGAAGUUCUUUAUAUUAAUAGUCUAAUAUCAUUGCCAAUAGUAUUUAUUGUAAUGAUUACAUUAUCUGAUGAAUUAUCUAGUGUACUAUCAUAUAAUGGUUAUAAAACAUUUUCUUUCUGGUUAUAUUUCUUAGCAUCAACAUUAGGCGGAGGCUUACUGAAUGGUACAACAUUUUGGUGUAUAAUGAAAAAUUCAGCAUUAACAACAAGUGUGGUUGGUGUACUUAAAAGUAUAUUACAAGUAUUUUUUGGUUUGUUUGUAUUUGAUCGAUUUUCCAUAAAUAUCAAUACAAUUAUUGGUAUUACAUUAUCAUUAUUGGCUGGUACAAUGUUUAGUUAUUUUGAAUAUACAGCCAAACAUAAAAAAUCAGCAACAAGUAUGAAUCCUAUUGAUUGUGAACAACAAAAUCAGCAGUCUACAAACUCAUCUUUUGAUACACAAGAAAUGCCCACAAAUUCUGAAAAAUAUAAUGCUGAUACGAUGAAUGUUUAUAUUUUAUUUAUCCUUAUAUGGGACCUUUCCUCUUUCAUUCUUUGUAAUAAACUAUGCUCACGUGAAGGUAGUCGAGUUGUUCGUGAUUAUUUUACACGAGCACUCGGCCCGAUUUAUGAAAAAAAUCAUAUAGCUAUUCCACUUGAAUGUGUUUUUUCACCAAUGCGUGAUCUUUUUUAUCGACAAGAAUUAAAUAAAAUAAAAAUAUCAAAUGAUAAAUGGCAAUGUAAAUAUUGUAAUAAAAUAUUCUAUUCAGAAUAUUAUCUUGAUAUGCAUUUCGUUAAUCGACAUAAUGAUACAUUAUUAAAAAGUGAACAAUCAAUAUGUCUAUCGGAUUAUUGUUCGAUUUUUCGAUGUGAUGUUUUAAAACGACGAAAAAAAUCUUUAAAAUCUCUAAAUCCAUUAACACGUGAAUCUCGAGGAACAAAACGAAAGGCUAGAAAAAUUAUUAAUCAACAACAACUUAUGGCUUUACGAACUCAUUGUACUUUACUGAUUAAUCAAUGUAUUCCAGAAAAUGUUAAUUAUGAUACGCGAGUUAAAUUACAACACCAAAUGCAUGCUGAAGUUUGUGCUUAUUUAACAGUCAAUAAAUAUUUUGAAUUACCAGCAUAUCGUCCUUUAGUCAAUUUUACAGUUGUUUUUUGUUUGGUUAUUUUUAUUGGUAUGUGUCUUGUUGGUGUUGGUGUAGUGACACAUUCUGAUUGGAAGUUAGACGAUAAUGAUGAAUAUCAGUCAAGAAAACAUUUAUCUGAUGAAUCAAUAUCCACAGCAACUGCUUUAUUAUCAACAGCACCAGCAAAUGGUAUUGUUCAUUCAUCGAAAAAUACACCAUUAUCUAUUCGUCAACGAGUUCAAUUUAAGCCAUGUGAAGAUGAAUGUCAACAUUGA